GCUAUCGAUAAGUGCUGUUCAUGAAAACGAUACCAAUUACACACUGACACAAGUAAAUAGCGUGCGGUAAGGUUUGCUCACACAUCUGAUUUCACACACACAAUGGCACAGAGCAAACUCAACGAUUUAGCGGGCAAGCUGGGCAAAGGUGGCCCACCUGGUCUGGGCAUUGGACUGAAGCUGUUGGCGGCUGUUGGCGCUGCUGCCUAUGGUGUUAGUCAAUCCCUGUAUACCGUGGAGGGCGGUCAUCGCGCGAUCAUCUUCAGCCGCCUGGGUGGCAUCCAGAAUGACAUUUACUCUGAGGGUCUGCAUGUGCGCAUUCCAUGGAUCCAGUAUCCAAUUAUUUAUGACAUCCGCUCGCGUCCCCGUAAAAUUUCAUCGCCCACCGGCUCGAAAGAUUUGCAAAUGAUCAAUAUUUCGCUGCGUGUGUUGUCGCGUCCCGAUUCAUUGAACUUACCGUUCCUGCACAAACAACUGGGUGUCGACUACGAUGAGAAGGUGUUGCCUUCCAUUUGCAAUGAGGUGCUCAAGAGUGUUAUUGCCAAGUUCAAUGCCUCCCAGCUGAUUACACAACGUCAACAGGUCUCGCUGCUGAUACGCAAGGAGCUGGUGGAGCGCGCGCGUGACUUUAAUAUUAUUUUGGAUGAUGUUUCGCUGACUGAACUGAGCUUUGGCAAGGAAUAUACGGCAGCUAUUGAGGCCAAACAGGUGGCACAGCAAGAGGCGCAGCGCGCUGUCUUCUUCGUAGAGCGCGCCAAGCAGGAGAAACAACAGAAAAUUGUCCAAGCUGAGGGAGAAGCUGAGGCAGCUAAAAUGUUAGGUCUGGCUGUUAAGCAGAAUCCGGCUUAUCUCAAGUUGCGAAAACUGCGUGCCGCCCAGAGCAUUGCUCGCACGAUUGCCAGCUCACAGAACAAGGUUUAUUUGUCCGCUGAUAGCUUGAUGUUGAACAUUCAGGACUCUGGUUUCGAUGAUAUGACUGAGAAGGUUUACAAAAUUGGCACCGGCUUGCCCAAGAAUUGGCUAGACGCACGCAAAAUAGGAACCGCCGUCGACUCGAAUGCGAAUGUGGGCGAUGUGGCACGCAGCACCGCCGACCGCAUACUCUGAAUGAUCGCCCGAUGAGGAAACCAACCAGAAGCAGACGAGCAAUAACUCAAAGCCCCAGUACAAAGCAAGAACCUACACAGACCAAAUAUAUAUAUCAUAUAUAUAUAUAUA